GAAUUUGCAUGUUCUGAAUUGAAUUAUAUGAAUGUUUACCAUCAUCAGCAGCAAAUCAAAUCAAGUCAACAAAAUUAUGAACCUUAUGAUCCAAAUGGGAUUUUAUCUUUUAUGAAUGAUUUUCAAACACGUCUUUGGGUGUACAGCAUUGGUUCAACAUUUCUGAUCAGCUUUAUGCCAUUUGUUUUACUGUCGCUAAUACCUUUAAAGGCGAAUACUGCAGAAAACGAACCAAUGCUAAAACUCCUUUUGAGUUUUGGCUCUGGUGGUUUAUUGGGUGAUGCAUUCCUCCAUUUGAUUCCACAUUCACAACCCCAUCAUGACGAACAUAGUCGUUCGCAUACUCAUUCGCAUGCACAUGGUAGUUCCGAGCAUUCACAUGGGCCACAUGACAUGACUGUUGGAGGUUAUGUGUUAGCUGGAAUAUUAGCAUUUCUGACAGUUGAGAAGCUUGUACGCAUUCUACGAAGUGAAAAGAUACUUCAUUCUCAUUCACACGGUGGUAAUGGCUCAUCGUUUUCCGAUGGCAAAAAGAAAAUUAAGAAGCGGGAAGAUGCUCGAGCUAGUAAGGAAAAGAAAUCAGAUGUUUCAUCAGCUGAAGAAAGUUUGAACAGUUGUUCCGAUGAAGAGCAUAAGCAUUUGAUAGAAAAAACAAUAAACGAUGAAAUGGGUUUCAAAGUAGCAGCAUACUUAAAUUUAACAGCGGAUUUUGCGCAUAAUUUCACGGAUGGUUUAGCAAUUGGUGCAUCGUUUCUUGCCGGCACUACAGUUGGUGUUGUAACAAUGAUUACUGUGCUCGUACACGAGAUACCGCACGAGAUUGGCGACUUUGCGAUUCUUAUACAAUCUGGUUUCUCCAAAAAAAAAGCUAUGUUUGUUCAACUUUUAACAGCUUUGGGUGCUCUUACUGGUUGCAUUUUAUCAUUAUGUUCAACAAAUGCGGAUGAAUUAUCCAAUGCAGCUUCUUCAAGUUGGAUACUGCCUUUCACUGCUGGUGGAUUUAUUUAUAUUGCAACUGUAACAGUUAUUCCGGAAUUGCUCGAAAAUACUUCCACUUGGCAAAGCAUUAAAGAAAUAAUGGCUUUGCUAACUGGAAUAAUGCUGAUGUUUCUUAUCGCUAUCUAUGAAUGAAAUGAUGAGUGAAAAUAGUACUGAUAAUAGUUAUUUUUCGAAAAAGUUGCUUCUGUUUCUUAUUAAAUUGUUUAUAUAUUUCAUUAU